UCGUGCGUGUCAAGAGAAUAAUUUAAAUUGAAAUUCACAAAAACAAUAUAAACGUUUAGUUAAAAUAUUUCGAUUCUAUUUUUUAAAUAAAGUAAGAAAAUUAUUUUAUAUAUUAAAUUAAAAAUAUGGGACAUGAAUUAGAGAGAAAUUGACCUUCUUUCUUCCAGAUAAUAACACCAACUCAAAGAAAAUGUCUGACAAUUCAUCGGAAAGAAUAUACGAAACUGGUAUACAUUUAACUACAAGUAUAAUAAAAUCCGAAAGACUUUGUACAUGGGAGAUAAAAGAAUUUUCCUCUCACAUUGAUAUUUUUCAAAGUACACCACCGGAAUCAAAAAAAUUCCCCUCCAAUUAUAAUUAUGAGACAAAAUUUCAAUUUCGUUUAGUUUAUUUAUCAAAGCAUACACGUCAAGCUGGCAAAUCAAGUUAUUUCGUUCAAUUGGAAAUAAAGCCAAGUGAUGAAUUACAAAAAUGUAUUAUGGAAACAUCAUUACAAAAUCAAUUAUCAUCGUCUGAUUCACGAAUUUAUAAAUCAACAAGUUCAUGGACAAAAAAUCAGGAUUUAGAAAUUUGGAUGUUAGAAAUUGAAAGUUCAUCAAUUGAAAAAAUUGAUCCAAGCAAUUCAUUAAUGAUUAAAUGUAAUGUCAUUGAAUUUUAUAUAUCGAGCAAUGAAAAUCCUGGUUUUCAUCGUUGUCCAUUGUCAAUUGAUCUCAAUAAUUUACGACAUGAAAAAUUAUUAACCGAUUUUACAUUUAAUGUUGGCGAAUCAAGUUUUAAAGUUCAUAAAGCAAUACUAUCAGUUCGUAGUCCUGUAUUUCGUGCAAUGUUUAAACAAAAUUUAUCAGAGAAAACAAAAAAUGUUAUUAAUAUACCAGACAUACAUCCAGUGGCAUUCAAUGAAAUGUUACGUUUCAUUUAUACUGGCAAUGUAAAGGAUUUAAAGAAUUAUUCAUUUGAAAUUCUUGAAGCGGCCGAUAAAUAUCAAAUUGAGGAAUUAAAAGAGAUGUGUGAAAAAGUAUUUUGUGAUAUUACAAUAAGAGAAGCACCAAGUAUUUUAUUAUUAGCCGAUCGGCAUAAUGCAAAAAAUUUACGUGCAAAAGCAUUGAAAUUUAUUCGACAAAAUAUUAAGGAAUCAAUAGCGACAUCAGAAUUUGGUGAACUCUAUUCACGUCAGGAUCUUAUGCAAGAAAUUCUAGAAGCAAUUGUCGAUAAAUGAAGAUUUACCUAUUUAGAUUUCGAAUUUUUUAGCAAAAAAAAAAAAAAAGAAUUAUAAUGUAUUGAACUCUUAUUUAUGAUGAUUAAUUUCAGGAGAAUGUUGAUCGUAAAAUAAUCUCAAAAUUAAAAAUUGAUUUUUUAACUAUGUUUUUUAAACAAUAAAACUAAAAAUAUAAUAAAAAUUAAUUACAAUCAAUUUUGAAAGAUAUCGUCAAAAAUGUUGAGUCAAAUAUAUUUUUUUUAACAUUUUGAUUUUUUUUUCUUUCACCUCAGAUAAAAAUCACAAUUUCCUUUUAGACAAUUUUUAUAAAUAAUUAUUGUUUAUUUUACUUCUCAAAAUAUUCUCUACAAUUGUAAUUUUUUCAAUGUUAAAAAAAAUUGCCUUUAAAAAAUUAUAAACAAAUCACAUUUGCUUUUAUCUAAAUAAUUUUUUAACAACAUAAUUUUAAUAAUAUUGAAAAAAUUACGAUUGUAGAGAAUGUUUCAAUGGGUAAAAUAAGUUUAUAAAAAUUUUAAUAAAAAUUGUGAUUUUU